UCCGCUUCACCCAGGAAUUUCUGCACAAGUCAAAUUAAAUUGAACUGUUGGAACUGUAAGCAUCUUCUUGACAAAAGACCUGCAUUUUUCUGCGUGUCAUGCAAAGCAGUGCAGCCCCCAGUAGAAGGGACAUCCUACUUCAAGAUCAUGGAUUGUGACUACACAUUCACACUGGACACACAAAAGCUGCAGAAAACAUACUUGCAGCUCCAGCGGUCUCUUCAUCCAGACAACUUCAGCCAGAAAUCUGUGAAAGAACAGGAGUAUUCAGAAAGGCAGUCUGCUCUCGUUAACAAAGCAUACCGCACUCUGCUUAAGCCUUUGAGUCGUGGUCUUUAUAUGCUGGAACUAGAGGGAAUGAAUAUAGAAGAGGGCACAGACUCUGGAGCUGAUUCAAAUUUUCUAAUCAAGCUAAUGGAGAUUAAUGAGGCCCUCGAUGAAGCACAGACUCCAGAAGAGGCCAUUAUGAUUGGCCGAGAUAUAAAAGGAAAACUGGCAGACUUGACAGUGCAUAUAGAUGCUGCUCUUCGUAAAGGAGAGCUACAGGCUGCCAAAGCAAUACUUGUCCACAUGAAAUACUAUGCAAACAUUGAAGAGAAAGUAAAGGAAAAACUUUCAGAAUUCCUGUAGUUUUCUCACUAUUUAAACCACUUUAUGAAACAUUUUUGACACUUUAAAAAAUUCUAUACAGAACAGCACAAUCUAUUGUACAUUUAUCUUGGGAGCAUGUAAUGCUAUUUUUAAAGCUAAAUAAUAAAACUUUACUUGUAAUGCAUUAUCUACAGUUGCAUUAAUGGUAAUAAUUGCUUUUUUUCAAAUGAAAAACUAUAGAUAUGUAUCUGUAAUUGGAUGAGUACAAUAUCUCCCUUAAAUUCCGCUAAUUUCACAAGCCUAAUCGUAUCAACUUGUACCUAAUAUGUCAUUAAAUAUGACAGAGAUCUAUAAUUGGCUCUGAUUAAAA